AUGCCAUCGACGCCGCCCCUGUCGCAGGGCGUUGGCUAUGGCGUUGUCAUCGGCCUCGGGGCGCUCUUCGCCAUCGUCGUCGUCGGCAUCUCGCGCUCGUUGACGCGCUUCGCCGGCCUCUCCAAGGACGCCGAGGAGUUCUCCGUGGCGCGCCGUUCGCUCGGCACGGGCCUGACCGCGGCCGCCGUCAUCUCGUCGUGGACGUGGUCGACGACGCUGCUGUCGAGCGUGUCGACGGCGUACAACUACGGCGUGGCGGGCGCCAUGCUCUACGCCUCGGGCAACUGCACCCAGAUCGUCCUCUUUUCGACACUGGCCAUCCAGCUCAAGCGGCGCGCCCCCUCGGUCCACACCUACCUCGAGCUGGUCCGGCUGCGCUUCGGCCUGCUGCCGCACCUCACCUACAUCUUCUUUGCGCUCGCCACCAACAUUCUCGUCUGCAGCUCCGUCCUCCUCGGCGGCGCGGCCGCCAUCAACGCCAUCACGGGCGUCAACGUAUAUGCCUCCCUCUUCCUCCUGCCCGCCUCGGUCGUCGCCUACACCCUCCGCGGCGGCCUCCGCUCCACCAUCCUCGCAGACUACCUCCACACCGUCGUCAUCUUCAUCAUCCUCUUUGUCUUCUUCCUCCGGACCUACGCCACCUUCCCGCAGCUCGGUUCGCCAGCCGCCGUCUACCAGAAGCUGGUCGAAGCCAGCGUCCCUGGCCCGGUCGAGGGCAACUACGAGGGCUCCUACCUCACCCUGAAGACCAGCGGCGGUGUCCAGUUUGCCUGGCUGAGCUUCAUGGAAUACACGGGCGUCGUAUUCCUAGACGCCAGCUUUCACCAAAAGGGCGUCGCGGCGACGCCAGAGGCAGCGCUGCCAGGCUAUUUGAUCGGCGGCCUGGCAUGGUUCUCGAUCCCGUUCUGCCUGGCAACGACGGCGGGCCUAGCGGCGCUCGCGCUCGAGACGACGUCACCCUCUUUUCCGACCUACCCAAACCGCAUCCCGCCCGCGGACGUCAGCGCCGGACUCGUGCUGCCCUACGCGGCGCAGGCCAUCCUGGGCAAGGGCGGAUCCGCGGCGGUGCUGCUGCUCAUGUUCAUGAGCUGCACCUCGGCCAUCUCGGCGCAGAUGGUCGGCGUGUCGACGGUGGUGUCGUACGACAUCUUCAAGACCUACUUCCGGCCCAGCAUCCGCUCCGACUCGCUGCUGCGCGUCAACCAGGUCGUCGUGGUCGGCUUCGGCCUGUUUGCCGCGGCGUUCGGCUCGCUGCUACACGGCAUCGGCCUUGACCUCGGCAUCAUCUACAACCUCACCGGCAUCUUCACGGGCGCCGGGCUGAGCCCGCUCAUCUUUAUCUUCUUUGACCACCGCCUGCAUCCGCUCGCCGUCUUCCCGGGCAUCUGGGUCAACUUUAUCGCGGGCGUCGCCGUGUGGCUCGGCGUGGCGUACAAGGAGUACGGCGUCAUCAACCUCUCGUCGGUCGGCGGCCUCACCCCGUGCCUCUCGGGCUGCGCGACGGGCAUCGGCGUCGGUCUGGUGGUGUCGACGCUCAGCGUCCUCUUCUUCCCGCGUCCCUUUGACUGGUCCACCAUCCCGCACCUCCUCAAACAGCAGCAGCAGCAGGCCAAGGCCCUCGGCGGCGACAGCGACGAUGCAAGCGACGACGAGGUCGAGAUUGUCGAAAACGACCCUCGGUACAGCAAGGUGCGGCUGGACCGGAGCCUCCGCAUCGCGCUAGCUGCGGGCGCCACCGUCUUCCUCGUCAUCACCAUCAUCUGGCCCUUUUCCCUCUACCGCGACUACAUCUUCGGCAAUGGCUUCUUCACCGGCUGGGUCAUUGCCAGCUUCAUCUGGGCCUGGCUCGCCUUUUUCGGCGUGGGCAUCUACCCGCUCUACGAGGGCCUGCCCGUCUUCAAGCAGAUCUGGCACGGUCUCGCCGCGCACCUCGCCGGGCGACGCCUCGACGGCCAGAGAGCGAGGUCGUCGACGACGACGACGACCAGGUCGGGCAGCCAAGACGAUGGUCGCAUCCCGACGCUCGAAAAGUCUGCACGGGGAGCUCCGGCAGACGGAAGCGGGGCGAGGAGCACCGCGAGCGACCAAGGGUCCGACGAGAUUGCCAAAGGCCCUCGCACCUCGCCCGGGAGCGAGAACGAAAAGGUCAUCGCCCUCGCCUAA